GCUUUUAAAGCAGGCCUCACCCAGAUCUGACUUCUUGUUUUCACUUGAUUCUGAAGGAUGUGUUAUGAGGUGUUUUGUUGAGCCGGAUCGUGUUGGGUUGGUAACGCCGACUGUCUGGACACUUUUCUGUCUGCAGACUGCUGAGGGACGGAAGAUUUCUGCAGACGUUUGGUGAGAGUAGAGAAACAAUGGCCGACUGCAGAGAGGAGCAGACUGAGGGGAGAAUGAUCAUCCAGCCCAGCUCUGUAGAAGACCCCAAACUCAAUAAACUGAAAGAGACUUUGGUUGACUGGGUCAACAGAACUCUUAAGGUGGAACACAUUGUGGUGAGAUCGUUGGAGGAAGACCUGUACGAUGGGCUCGUCCUUCAUCACCUGCUGCGCAGGUUCACAGGUGUUCAGUUACAGGUGGAUGAAAUCGCUCUGGCCACUGACGCUCAGCUACGCAAACUCGAGCUGACCCUGACAUCUCUGAACGAGAUUUUAGAGAUUAACGCGGAAAAGGCCAAAUGGAGCGUAAAACUCAUUCACAGCAGAGACCUGUUGGCUACGUUGCAUCUUCUGGUUGCCAUGGUGAAUCGUUUCCAGCCUGAUCUCGUUCUGCCCGUGAACGUCAGCGUUGAGGUCAUCCAGUGUGAGGUUACAAAAAGUGGCAUCAAGACAGACAAGCAGAUUGAAUUCAUCACUUCUAAACGUAAUUCGAGUGGAGAUCCUGCCGGAGAAUCUAACAAGGAAUGUCCCAUCCACGAGCUUUUUAAACUGGAAACACACAAAAUCGAGACGGUGAAAAAGGCAAUUUUACAUUUUGUAAAUAAGAACAUGGCAUCCCUGGGACUGAACGUGACUGAUUUCGAUAAACAGUUUUCAGAUGGAGUAAUUCUCCUGCUGUUGAUCGGUCAGUUGGAAGGGUUCUUCAUCCCGUUGUGUGACUUCCAUCUCUGUCCCGCCGCUUCUGAGGAAAUGGUCCAUAAUGUAAAGCUUGCGUUGGAUCUGUUGAUUGACAGACAGUUUCCGGUGGAGUCAGUUGAUGCUCUGGAUAUUGUUUCCCAAGAUGUUCCAGCGACUGUAAAAGUGUUGUAUUAUUUAUUCAGGAAAUACAAAAACACAUGAGCUCCCCAUCACAUUUCCCUCUCUCUAAUAUUUCAAUUCAUUUUCAGAAAGUUUCCAGUAAUCCAAAUGGCUGUGAAUGUGUGGACUUUCUUCACAUUAGAGAACAGGAUUGACAUAUAACUUUGGCUCUUGUACUGACUUUUUGAGCACAUAACAGCCAACAGACUUUUGAAAGAGAGCGAGACAGAGAAUACAGUAGCUCGUCUCAUCAUGAAAAUUGCAUUUGGAUGCUGACAGCUUCCAUUUAAUGCCGCCUCUCCACUCGUCCACUUUGUGGACAAAUGUGUAUUAGUCUGAAUCUAUCAUCCAAUCAUUUUCUGCUGACUUUCACCUUGUUUUUUUUAAAUAAAAGUGGCAUCUUAUAGCUCUGAA